AAAAUCUCAAACCACUCGGCUUGGGGCACAUGAACGAAGAUCCAACAAAAACUCUUUUUCCCUCCAGGGCUCUGAGCUUCCCGCCACUGCACCACGGCCGCAACGAAUCACCAAACGGUGGUGAGUAGAGAGCGGCGACGCCCAUAUAAUGAUGGCAGCGUAGGCGAAAGUAAGUAGGCACAUAAAAGUUCCUUUUUGUAAGGUGCUUCUUGGUAGUUUUGAGCUGGGGUUUCUGGUGGAAGGAUAGGUAGCUGAGAUAAAAUAACAAUGGAUGGUAAUUUCCAACAAUCAGUUUCACAGCGCCCUAGCCGUAGGGCUGAGAAAGAGGCUGUAAAUCCCAAAGCAAAGGACCUUGAAGAGGGGUUCUUUUCGUCAGGGAGGUUAUCGGCUGAGUACCCAUUGAGAAUGUUGUGGAAAAAGGGUUUUGUUCUGUUGUUUCUUGUUGCGGGCAUAGUGUGGAUGGUGCUCAUUCUUUCUGUUCUAUCAGUCCACAUAUGGUCUUGUCAAUCUUCUAUUGCUUUCUUUUCAGCUAUGUGUAAUAGAGAUGGCAAAGUAUUUAUAAUGUUAGACUCAAUGGGAUUUGUACCAAGACCACCUCAUCGCUGUUCUAUUCCUGUGGCUGAUGACCCUGAUGCAAUAGCUAUACCAAAAGAGAAGGCACCUGAAACAUCUGUGCUAAACCUUACCUACAUUUCGAAGGAUGAAGAAACAGAUACUGUAUCAAAUUCUCCCCCUUUGUUUGGAGGGAAUAUAAGCUGGGCACAAAGAGAGGAAAGUUUCAAAUUGAAACCAAUAAUGAAGGUCCAUUGCGGGUUUAUGCGUAAUGGUGGUGGUGAUAUGGAUCCAAAAGAUAUAGAGUAUGCCAAGAAGUGCAGAUUUGUAGUUGCAUCUGGUAUCUUUGAUGGGUACGAUACACCACAUCAGCCUAUUAACAUUAGUGCUCGAUCACAAAAUCUCUUCUGUUUUCUUAUGGUGGUUGAUGAGAAGUCUUUUGACUUCAUCAACAAAAAUGUUUCUGUAAGAGUGGAAACUGAUGGGGGCCAUUGGGUGGGGAUAUGGCGUCUUAUUCUUCUGAAGCAUCAACCAUAUGAUGAACCCAGAAGAAAUGGAAAGGUUCCAAAGAUAUUAGUACACAGAAUGUUUCCAGAAGCGCUGUACAGCAUCUGGAUUGAUGGUAAAAUGGAGCUAAUAGUUGAUCCGUUACUUAUGUUAGAGAGAUACUUGUGGCGAGGCGGUCACACAUUUGCUAUUGCACAACACAAGCAUCAUCGCGAUGUGUAUGAAGAAGCUGAUGCAAACAAGCGCAGGAAGCGAUAUGCUAGACCUCUUAUUGAUCUUCAUAUGAGAAUUUAUCGGUAUGAAGGAAUGGAGCCUUGGAGUCCAUUGAAAAAAAUUCCAAGCGAUGUACCUGAAGGAGCUAUAAUCAUUCGGGAGCAUACUUCUUUGAACAAUUUAUUUAGCUGCUUAUGGUUCAACGAGGUUCAUCUCUUCACACCACGUGACCAAUUAAGCUUUGGCUAUGUUGCUUACAGGUUGAAGGACCACUUCAACUUAUUUAUGUUUCCUAACUGUGAGUAUAACUCUCAAUUUAUCUUGCAUCCGCAUACUCGUGAGCAUUCUUCAAAGGUUGAGUGGGUGAAGUCUUUGAGUGAGUUCAAGUCAAAUAGCUCUUUGAAAGAAAGUAAGGGAGGAUUCGGGUUGUGGACUCCGUACCCUGCUGAUCUUAGCAAAGUUUUCUUGCCUAGGGUUGUGAGAACAUCAAAAGCAGGAUGAAAAUGAAUUGAAAUUUCGAUGCUGAUUUCAUCUCCUUUUUUUACGGUACAUAUUAUUUCAUUGAUGAUUAUUUAGGUUUCUUUUUUCAUGUUUAAAAGAGACACUUUGUUCUUAAUUGAAAGAGUAUACAACGGGAUACUUGUGGCCUUUA